AUGCUGACCGCCGGCAGCAGCCAGCUGAUUAUCAGUCUAUUUCAACUUUCACUGCUUUUCUCACCGAUUUCCGCCGGCGUUGGCCGUUUCGAAGUCGGUCAGAAGGAAAAAUGCGAAAAAAUCCAACAUGAGCUCUGCAACGACCUGCCCUAUAAUACCACCAGGUACUGAACUUUUUCCGGAUCAUGUACGAAAAUCCUCGCGGAGGCGUUUGAAGGAGAACACAAUUUAAGGAAGGUCUUGAGGCGAGAAGCCGUUUUUUGCAGGAUUUUAAGCUUAGGCCAAAAAGUUUUUGCACUCAAACGCCUUAACAGAAUUUUAUGAACAUUUUUAAUCAUUUUCAAUGAAUUGCUUGUUUUGUGUUAUUUUUUCGGGAAAAUGAGGGAAUCUCUUCAUUUUUGCUUUUAAUUGAAGCUUUUUGUUUUGCUGGUGUUUUUGGUUUCUUCAAAUCGUUCUUUAUUCAAAAUCUGUUCGCUAGAAGCUUCCUUCUGAAGAUCUAACAUUAUGUCCUUACAUAUUUUUCAAACUUCCAGUUUAGUCGUUUUAAAGGGCUUGCAAGGAUAAAUCAUUAUUUUUCCUUAUCUUCCAACUUUUAAUCAGUUCAUGAAUUUUUUUUAUGAGUCAUAUAGGCCUUUUUAGCUCCCUUUUUCAAGCCACUGGACUGAACAUGACACUUUAUUUCGAGAAAAAUAGAUUUCCUUGAGAUUUUUAGAUAAAAGUUGACAAUUGAAAAUGAAAAUUGAGAUCAAAAUGGAAACCUGGAUUUUUUCGUUGAUGUUUCUGAGAAAAUUUUGAAAAUUGAACUUUUUUCGAGCGUGGAAAAAUUUUCGAAUAAAAUUGAUUAUUUUCAAGAAUUUUUGACAAAACUCCAAGUUUGAAAAGUUCUUCUAAAUCCACAAAGUGGACCGUUUUGAGAUGUUUUUUGAUUCUAUUGAAAAUAUCGAUUAAAUAUAUGACUAAAACAUCAAAAUCAUUGAGUGCUUGAUUGAUUUAUUGAUUUAUUAUAACAGUUUGCGCUGUCACAACAAACAAGAUGAUAUUAGGGUCAACUGAUUAUUUGGGAGGGGCUAUUGAGAUGAUGAUUAUGACGGUGGUAGAUCAUUUACGGGGCCAACCCGAUCGAUAUCUCUGUACCGCAGAAAAAAAGAGAAGGAAAGUGAUAAGGAAACGUGAGCGCCGUGUGCAGCAAACAUGCUAAUGGCCUUUUUUUUGCUGGAUCGAGGCCAAAAAUGGACAUUUUUGCAGAGGAUUUGAGAGGAGUUUAGGCGGAAAGGCUUGGAUUUCUAUCAGAUAUACUUACUCUGAAAAUAAUUUUUUAAAUCAGUUGAUAGUUGUUUGAAGAUCAUUAAACAUGUCGAUUUUUUGAAAAGAAAUUUUUUCGUGGAAGUUUUUGAUUUGAUAGAAAGCCAUUUUUCGUAACUUGUCUGUUCGAAAAUCAUCUUCGUAACGUGAAUUUCACUCAAGGAAGCCACCGAAAUUCACUGAAAGUUCACUAUUUGUAGUUCAAACCGAUCCAAAUCUGUCCUAAAACAAUACAAAAAGGCAUCAAAACGGAAAUCGCGCCUCUUUCGCCACACGACCAAGCUGACAUGCAGCUGUGGCGAAAGAAAGAGCGGCUCGUAAUACAAUUUACUCGUUCGCUAAUUUUUUCUUCCUUUUUUCUCAUCUUCCUCGUCAUCACUUCUCGCCAAUCUUUCUGCACAAAGUGGUCAAUGCCGAAAAAGGUGCAUUUCCGGAGUGAAAUUGACGUUCCAAAGGGAGUUACCGGACUAGAGAGGUGCAACAAGUCUCCAUUUUUCUCACGGAAAAAUUUCAAGCUUGAGUUAUAUUAAUGGAAUAUUGAUCUUGGAGGCGUUAUUGUCUUUUCGGAUUUUUCAGAUUUUUUAAAAUUGUAUUUUCGGAAUUAAAAUUAAUGAAUAAGUCAAUUGAUUUUCAAGCUUCAUCAUCUAAUUAUUAAAAAAGUGUCUAACCUUUUUUCUUCCCAUUUCUAAAAAUAAGACCGUCAUUUCUUCUUUUCUUUUCGCAACAUUCGGUUUCCCAUCGACCAAUUUUUCAAAACAAAGAAGUCAAACAGAGAAAGAAAAAAAAUAAAGUUUUGGGACGUCUUUUUCUCUCUCUCUCUUUCUCGCGUCGAGACCAUUUUUCAUCCGACGGCAGGCCCCUCUCUUUUGCCUCGCGAUUGCAAAUCAGAUACGCUCCAGGGGAAUCUUUCGAACCGUUUUAAUAAGAGUUUUGAGCUGGGUUCUGGGAGAGGAGUGAUUGCAGUUCAUACACCGAUGACUUGAGAAUACAUUGAGCGAAGGUCUCGGAGCGGUUGACGAUGUAUUGUGGGAAAAGAAGUGGUUUAUAAGGAUCUGUAGAACUUCUGAUUAAAGGGAGAACUUUUCAAAACGCUUAUUGAAAGUUUUGAGGGGAAUUUCGGAAGUAUGAAAGAGGUAGUUAAUGAUUUUGCCUUUAGAAUAAAGUUUAUCAGGACCUAGACUGUCAGGAACGCCAGUGUAGUCCAGAGGGACAGCCUUACCUCCUAUGGCAGCAAUAAAGCUUACAAAAGUGGCACCUCUAGGGAGCAUUUUGUCGUUCAUUAUCAUUUAUUCUAUAAUAACCACUUGAUAACCUAAAAUCUUGAACUCCUAUAGAGACCACCUAAAUUUUAUUAUUUUGUCCCCUACGAUUUUCGCUAACUCUUAGAGGGACGCUUCCGACGUUUCCAAGCAAGAUUGAUAUAAUAGAGUGUGAAAAGAAGAGGUUCAGAAGGGUAAUCCUGGCUCAAGAUAAGAGUGAAUGUAGUAUGUAUAGAAUUAAAAGUACAGUUGGGGAAAUCGGCAACAAGUGUCAGGUGGUCGUUUUGGGGGGGCAACUUGAGUGCCACAUUAAAGUUGAUCUAUUGAGAUUGGCGCUGUAGAUCAAUGUAAACUGGGUGAUCAGGCGUGUGACGAGGAAACAUUUUUUUUUUUUGGUUUUGCGACUAGAAAAGAUUGGAUAUUGAUUGGGGUUUGAUUUAUUUUUGUGGCAGAAAAUCUAAAAAUAGCUAUUUUGAGGCUUUUUGAGCAUCUCAUUAGAUUAUUAUUUCUUUACACGUGAGAAACAAGUUUUUCACGGUUCUUCGAGUCUGUAUUCUUGUUAAAAAAUGCACCAUCUUCAAUCAAUCAAAUCAAUCAAAUCAUUUAUUUUGUUGUUUUAGUCUGAUGUAAUCGACUAGGCGGUGAACAAGAACUUUAAAAGCUAUAACGAACAACCGCCUUUGGCGAACUAGAAGUCCAAACGUGUAGUCGAAAGAGUUGAAAGAAUGGUCUUACGGUCCUUCGCCUCGUCCUUCUGCGCGUAGUCCAUCCAGUUGCGCCUUGACGAGCUCAGAAUUUAGCUGAUGUUGUGCUGGAGCCCGGAGACCGUGCUCUAGGUGGAAGCCUCAGAAUGAGAGCGACCACUUCGAGUGAAGAUUUUACACGGAAUUUUACAGAUUUUACACGGAAAAUUCAUAUUACAAUAUUAAAAAAAAACAUCUUGGCUCAAUCUGAAUGCAAGAAACCGCAACGCUGCCGCGACGCUUCAAGUCACUCCAAGUGCGGCAUGGUUUUCUAAAAAAAAACUUCGGAUGAAGAUUUACAACUUAACGAUUUAAGUUGGUCUGCAGAACUCAUAGCUUCUCGGAAAUGGGUAACUGAGUUAGGAAAAGUUUAUUUUUAACCGUGUUUGCCUCAAGAUUUUUGCAAUGCCUUUUUCGUUCCAAAGCACAGCUUCUAUGCAUUCUCUAUCAUUAUCAGUUAUCAGUUGGCCCGAGGCGCUUAUCAGUGCCUCGCUGGCAGGUCCUUGUACUCCCGGGAGCGAACAAGUAGCUCUGAUAACGAACACUAUCAACAGUGUUGGUGGAAAAUAUUAUUAGAAUGGAGAAGAGUUAGGAUUUUCGACCUUUUGUUGAAAAAUUCGAAAUGUGAAGAAAAUUGAUAACCUUCUAGUCGUGUGCAAGCUCAAAGCAUUGCGUCUGAAGUUAGAGAAAACGCGCGGAAGUCGUUUUGAGGUCGGGUGUACUUUUGGAGUGGGUUUAUUGUCGUUUUUUGCUUUGAACCAUUCCCCAUGCGACCAUUUUUCAAAUUGGACUAAAAAUGAACUAGAUGAAAAAUUCCAGGAAUGAACAAAAAAACUGAGAAUUUGGAGAUCGAAAGAGGAUUUUUAGGGGUCAAAAGCCGAAUAAUUGGGACUUUCCUCGUGAUUUUUUUUUCUCCAUCAUUCGUAAGAGAAUCCAAUUUUCUUUUUUUUUUUGAAAUCCAAAGUUAUUUUUGGCCUGGAAACUGGGAAAAAGCGGCAGUAUACAGCCCCACAGAUGCAACAAUCGCACACCUGUCGCCAAUAUUUCAGCGCCUCUCUGCCCGACGGCCCUUCCUUCUGUACGGCCAUUCGCUUUUUCAAAAUAUCGAGUGUUGCGAAUCGUUUGAGGGCCAUGAAAGACGCAAAAUGUUGCUUUUUCAUCUGUUUUGGACGAUCCGAUUAUGGAAAUGAGUAAACCAUACUUGGCAACGUUUCAAUGUAGGUUUAUAAUCUGUGACGCUGGGAACUGAUCGUUUUUUGGGAUUUUCGACAGUUUCAAAAGCUUUAUGAGGUCCUCGGAGAUUGAAAAAUAUAAUCAUGAACAGUUUCAUUAAUUUUUGAUUUUAAACUCUUUUUGAAUUGAAAAUGAGUCAAUUUUGAGGGCUUUCAAAUAUUUUAACACUGUUUCAAUGAUUUUACUAACGAUCGUUUAUUUUUUUUUUGAAUGUUGGAAAGUGAAAUUUAUGAAAAUAUACUCUUAUUGACUUCAUAUUUUGGAACUUUCCAAAAUUUUAUGAAAAAGUUAUUUUUUUCAGGUAGCCAAACCAAGAGAACCUCCCAAAAUGCUCCUGCGUUUUAAUUAGUCAUGAAUGUCGAGUUUUGAGCUUUUUUCUUUGCUCAUUUUUCUUGAAAAUUUUCUUUUUCGCAUCCAAACUUGAUUGAACUCCUAAAAAGGUUCGUGAUACUGUUAUCUCUUAUAAAAAUCGAAAUUCGAGCUUCCUAUAUCAAAGAAAUCUUCGUUCUCCGAUUCCAAAGUCAAACCCUGCAAAAAGGUGUCUGCAUCUUUUUUUUUCUUAAAAAUCUGAUUUCGAGCUUCUUUUCCGCUCAAUUUCUGGAAAUGAACUUCAUUCUCCGAUUCCAAAGCCAAGUGAACCUCCAAAAAGUUGCAACAAGGGAGAACGGGUCAGUGAGGGGAGGACGGAGGGAGGGUUGCUGCGCGUUUUUGAUCUAUCUCCGUGCUUACCAUCACUCGUCCAUUUGUCUUGUCUUGUCUCCGUCCAUCCUGCCUGGCCGACGGAGGGCGCAGACACCCAAAGACUGAGCCCCUCAGAAAGUUGCAGCGAUUGUAAUUUGGGCCGCGGCUGCGAAUGAUGAACAACUUUUUUCGGGCCGUCACAGCCGCGGUUUUCCCACGCUCAAUGGCGCGACAAUUCCCUCGUUUGGGACCCUGUUGCCAUUUUGAUGCUCGUGCGACUUUCUUUGACUUUUUGAGCUUGCCGAGGUGCUCCGAAAUGGAAGGAGAGGUUGUAAAAUGAGGAAAUUUGAAUUUGAAGAUUUUUGAGAGACUUUUUGACAUUUUAACUUGCAGCGAUGGAAAAGAAGGUUAAAAAAAAAUAAAGGGACACGAUUUUUUGUUUGGGAGCCCAGAAGGGAGGUUAUAGAGAAAAGGGAAUUAUUUUGAUUUUGGUAUUUUUUUGACGUUUUUUUGAGUUAGAAAAAUUUCCUCGAAGUGAGAGGAAAAAGCAUUAAAAAAAUAUAAGAAUUUGAAGAUUUUUUUGUGAGAAAAAAAUGGAUUUAAGGGACUUUCUUGAAGUUUUAAGCUUGUCGAGUUGAAUGGGGAUUUUAUAAAAAGAGGAAAUUUCAUAAGAAACGAAAUAUUUUUCUUGAGUGAUACAAAGGUGCUUGAAAAUUUGGAAGUUAUAUCAGAAUGGAAGGUCUGAAAAAAGAUAUUUUUUAAAACGCGGGGUUUUAAAUAAACUUGGAAACUUCAACUUCUUCGUUUCUGUGUGCCAUAAGCUUCAAAAGCAUAAGGAUGAAUACAAAAAAGCGAAAAAAAGGUUGAUUUUUUGCUAGUAUACGACAAGUAUAGCAAAUAAAGGAUAUUAAAUUUUUUUUUUCUUUUGAAGUUCUCUGCGAGGUUUCUCUUUUUGUUUUUUUAACAGAAGUGAUCGAAUUUUACGGCACUCUUUGAACGAUAUGGAGAUUUUAAAAUUUUCUCUGAACUUUUCCGACUAAGCACGAGUGAAAUAUUGAAAGAAAUUUUGAAACUUUGUGAGAAAAAAUGAUAAUUGUUGCAGUUUCCCGAAUCUGGUCGGCGAGGACAGUUGGAAGUUGGCCGCGGAGUCGAUUUCCACCUACAAACCCUUGCUUUCCGUCGUUUGUUCUGAACAGUUGAAGUUCUUCCUAUGCUCCGUCUACUUCCCAAUGUGCAAUGAGAAGGUUUGUUGAAAUGAUAAUGGAAAAAAAAAUGAGUCAAUUAAUGUCAAAAUCGAAACAUCUUGACACUUUUUCACAAGGAAAAAGGACCCCGGUAAAAAUUUUAAUGAAUAAGCUCCUGGUUCCAUAAGCAGAUUUCAAGGCUUCUAACUCUGAAAAGUAUAAUUAUUCCUUGAUUUGUAAUCAUGAGGUCCAGCCAAGUUUCAUCAAAAAUUGAAACGAGGGCCGAAAAAAACUCCCUCGAACCGUAAGUCUUCCCAUAUUCGAGAAAGAAGAGAAUUUCCCAAAUAAGUCUAUUUUUCGAGUUUGAACGCCUAAAGUUUUGCAGAAUACAUGAAAAGGAAAGUAAAAGCGGUUUUCGAAAAGAGAUAACUCGAAAAAAGUCCCAUUUCCAGAAGAAAUUUUAUUUGAUCAGGGCCCCAAAAUAGCCAAGUUUCAUCAUAAUUCAAAAAGGUUCUGCCUUUGUGUCAAAAAAAUUUAAUAAUGAAAUGAAGUUCCAGCUUCUCCAUCCGAUUGGUCCAUGUCGACCUCUGUGCCUUUCCGUCAAGGAUAAAUGUAUGCCGGUCUUGGAAAGCUUCGGAUUUUCCUGGCCUGAUCCGAUCAGAUGCGACAAAUUUCCUUUGGGUUAGUCAUUUUCUCAGUUUUAUCACAAUAAAAGAGUUACAUGUCACGCAUUGAAAAGCUUUUUUCAGUUCAAAAGAAGGUAGGUAUUUGGGGCUUUCUCAGCUUCUGAAAAACUAGCUUUUUUUGAGGCUUAAAGUGUAGUAUUUGUACAGAAUCUUGUAAAGUUCUUGAUAAAUUUUAUUGAAGUUCUUUUUUGAAAUCUCGAAAAAUUAUAUUUUUUUCAGAAAACAACAACGAUAUAAUGUGCAUGAAAGGUCCCAAUGAACAGGGAGCCAUUCAAAGAGCUCCCGUCGAAGAAGAAUCGGAGGAAAACGAAAAAAAAGAUCUUGAUAUGGGGAAAACGGUGAGAAUUUUUAGAGAUUCGGAAAGAUACCACUUAACAGAAACGACAGAAAAAAAAGAUUUUUGAGGGCCUUCUCAGCGGUUUUUCACGAUCUUUUCUUUAAACAAAAGAUUUUUUUUCGAAAAAAAUCGAAAAAGCUUGAUGAAUUUGAACAAUUUUUUUGUCAAAAAAAUUGAAAGAGAUAUUUUAUCAAAUUUGGUCUUUCAAAAAAAUGGGUUUUAUAGCGUCUUUUUCAAUUUUUUUGGAGGAAAAAGCCGUUUUUUUAAUGCAAGUAAGUAAUGUGGCGAGAAACCAAAGAAACUCAACAAAACAAUAAAAAGUAAAGACUUUGAGAGUUCUUCAUAAGUUCGAUUAUUGAGAAAAAAUUUUUCAACGAGAAUCUCAGCUUUUUUUUCAAAUUGAAAAGCUGCGUUCUAAAGGAGCAGUAGAGUUGAAAAACAGGAAUGUUCAAAUAGAAAGCUUGAAACGGGGUUUCAACCUGAAAAAGUUCCUAAAAAACUAGAAAAAAAAUGAGUUUAGGCUUCUGUGUAGACUAGAGGCGUUUUUGAAAAAUAAAUAUAUAGUUUUUAUGACCUCUGGUCGCAUUUGGAAUGGUUCUAGCUCUUCAAGAUGGAUCCAAUUUCAAUCGAUCUUAAAACAAAUUGGUGAUUAAUUCUAACUGUAGAAUCUUCUUUUUGAAUAAUUAUUGAAAAGUUGAGGAAAAAAAUACUUUUUCAGGAAAUUUUUUUAUGGUUCCUUCAAAUAAAAAAACUAUUGCACGCUUCUCAUCUGUAACAUUAAUGUAAAUUUGUUGCAAAAAAAUUUGUUCCAGGAGAAAUUAUAUGUAUUGGUUCCUUUGAAAACUAUUGAGAUCUCUUCAUCUGUAUCAUUAACGAAAAAAUUCAGCAAAACGAUUUUUUUUGGGCAGUUUUCAUGGCUCCUUUGAAAAAACUGUUGCAGGCUCUCAUUAAUCAAAAAUCCAAAAAAAUGAGGAUUUUUCCAGAAUUCCGAACUACGAGGACGGGAGCAAUGUGAGCCGGAACACGUGUACAUCAAUAGAACUGGGAUUUGCGUUCCGAUUUGCGCCACUGGUCAUGGCAUUCCGCAGGUAUUCCAUAAUUCUUUAACUUUUCACACUGUAAAUCUUUUUUGUCUUGAUAAUUUCUUAUCCUCUUUCAAAACUCUUAAAACAUCCCAUAAAAUCUUUGGGAUUCCAAAAAUGCAGUCUCAGAGCAGCUUUGUAGCCGUUGAACCUUGAAAUAUUCAAAGAGAUCGAAAAUUCCUCCCAAAAUCGCAACAAUUACCUGCCCCUGAGCCCAUUAAACGCAGCCGAAAAUAAUGAGUCAACUUUGAUAAAUUGCCAAAAUUGUUGCGACCAGGCAAACGCAACAUGUGUGUGAUGCGCGCCGACGCUCCGAAAUUCAUGCGUUUUUCCAAACCGAACCACGGAUCGUGGUCCUUUUGUCCGUGGAGCAUACAAAAGCCAUCAAUCACGGCCAUCGUGUGCCGACUGAUGUAUGGCCCUUCGUCGAAAUGGCCCCUGGCAGUGGCUUUGCAAGGAAAACUGUUUUGAGCCCUUUUGGGGAGGAAAUGGAAGUUUAUUCUUCUCAUCUAGAAUAAAAUAAACUACUAAAGAGCAAUGGUAAACGAGAGGGCGGAAAGAGAAAAAUAAACGACCGCACUCUCGUUUUUGAACGCUCUCUCUCUUUGAGCCCCGAAAAUUCGACUCGCUUGAAAUUUUAAAAAUUUUAGUGGACACUACAGCGUUUUAACGUUUUAGUGGCCACUAUAGUAGUCUAAUUAGUGGCCGCUCAAGGGGUUGAAAAUAAGUGGCCACUAUAGAAGUCUAAGUGCUACUACUAGACCACUAAACAUUUUAGUGGCUUCUUUAGGGGUCAAUGGAUCUACAUAACUGGUCCAAUCUGUUUGUUUUAAUAUUAUCAGAGUUACUGGAAGGAAUACUGUAUGAAAAACUACUGAAGUGGCCACUAAAACGGAAAAUAGUGGCCCCUAUAGAGGUGGGUUUAGUGGCCACUUUAGUGUCCUACCCAAGUAGUCCUUGGCGAGCCUCUAAAGUGGCCACUAAAAAAAUUUUCCCAGAAGACCUCCUCAUAGUAUUUUUAUAAAUCUUCGCUGAACUUUCAAAAAAAUUUAUUUUAUGUUUUUAAAUCGGAUACAGUGGAGAAAUCGUGACUUCCAAGUUCAAAGAGGUUUUUUUCAUAGCAUUUUUUUCAAAGGAACGUAGAUAAGUUCAAUAAAUGUCUUAAAGCGAAAACAAUAUUUAUUGAAAUGACAAAUAGUUCGAACUCCUGGGAGAUCAGAAGAUAGAAAAAAUAUUUUCAAUCUAAAAUUAAUGAUUUUUUUGCGUAUUAAAAACUGAAUGAGUAGAGAGCAUUUCUCGAGAGUUUUCGUUUAAAAAAUCAGUUUUGAUUUCUAGGUAAAAAUUCAAAGGAAAAAUUAUAAGAUUAUCGAGAAAAAUUUUUUUCACGGAGAACUUGAUAAUAAAAAGUUAUGAAUGCAACGUCGCAAGGUUACGUCGGUUUAUGUGCAAUGAAAUUUGAAACUGGAAAAAUUAACAAAUUCGGCUUUUUAUGGAAACAAAUUUUUUUAUUCAACUUUCCUGUUUAUCAUCGGCUUUUUUUGUUUGAACUCCAAAAAUAUUGCGUUUCUAUAUCCGGCUUUUCAGAGUGAACGAAACGCCGCCUCGACGGUCCUUUUCGUCCUUUCUACGACCUGCUUCUCAUUCACGGUCAUUAGCGUAUUGAUCGUCAUUUUUCGGUUGGUUUUUAUUGAUUUUUCAUCUGUCGAAUCGGCAUGAUUUUCAGUGGAACUUCCCUAUCAGCCCUGCCAGAGGCGGCCCUUCUUUGGACUUCCCUCUCAUUUUCCGCCAGUUCUGUCGUCUACCUCUUCAGCUUGCUCUACAGGGAACAGGUAAAAAUGAAAAAAGGACAAGAUUUGGGCUUUCAGAGCAGGGGAGGGAACUUUAUUGAUUAGUAACCUAUAGAAAUUGGGAGAGAGUGUUAUGUGAAUACUAAAAUAACAGUUUGUUGGAAAAGGUCAUUGAAUAGUUGAUAUGACGAGUUUAAAAGAUUUUUCGAAUAACUUUGAAAAGUUAGGGCAUUUUUUUAACCUUAAACUUGGCUUCCAAAAUAUUCAGAAACUUGCUAUAAAAUCUAUUUUUCUUGACUUGAAAGGCGAUAGGAAUUUUUCGGAGACAUUUAGAGGUUUACUUGAGGUCAAAAGUUUUUAUAGUUGACAUUUCAGAGUAAUUCAACUAUGAAAAAAGAAUUACAAUUGGAAUGGAAAACCUUCUACAGAUCUCCUGCACCGACUACACUCACCACCUCCUUUUCGUCGUCGGAAACAUGCCUCACGUACCUUGUUCCUCGGUUGCGGCGCUCCUUUAUUACUUCGGAUUGGCCGGACGAUUUUGGUGGUUCGUCAUGUGCUGCACGUGGAACCAACACACCCAGAGGGCCGCUACUAUGGUUCGUUUUCUUGAUUGACCAUUUUCAGAAAGAAAAAAGAAAAUUGAGCUUAUUCUUAAAAAAUCGCUUUCAUAAGCUCUGAAGCUUGGACCAUUUUUUACUUAUUUUAAGUAGAAUUAUAUUAGGGAUCGUUUAAGCAUCAGAAAUGGGUCUGAUCAGAGAAUUAAAGUACCGUCAGAAAAGAUACGAAACAUUUUUUUAGCUCACAACUUUCUCGUACGGAGCUCAAUCCUAUUGAAACUUUGUGAUGCUCUCUUUUUUCUGGAAACCGAAAUCCAACCAGAGUGUUAAAAAUAACAGUAAGAACAACCCCCAGAAGGCUUCAGAAAGAUCAAACUCUAUACAAAAAAGUUGUGAAAAUGCCCUUUUUUUCGUCUCUGACAGUACUGUAUCUUAAAGAUACACUUUUUGGGAAAGAUGGAAACCUUUUCCAGGAGAAAAACCGUGUCCAGGUCCAUCUUCUCGUGUGGGGCUGUCCUCUGGCCAUCGUCAUGUUCGCCCUGAUGGCAAAAUCGGCGUCCGCCGAUCCGCUCACUGGGAUUUGCUACGUUGGCGGCGCGUCCAGGGUGAUUAUUAGUGAUGAUCAAUUAAUUAAAGUUAGAAAAAUAUUGGUUAAAAAUAUUAAGAGGUUGAAAUCGUCACCAAGAAACCGAAAAUACAAGUAAUUAGGGAUAAAGAUAAAAAUUAGAAAAAAAUGAUUUAAAUUUUUUUGACUUGUAUAGGUGUUUCAGAAAAAAAGGUUUCAAGUAAUUUUUCAGAGAUAGGAAAAUGAAACAUUUGGGAAACUCCGAUUAAAAAAAGAAUAAUUUCUUCAACUUUUAACGGGAUCAAAACCCAAAGGACUAGAAUAAAUUCCAGUCAAGACACAUUUAAAAAAAUUUAAAAAAAUAGGUAUUUUUUUGUGAAGAAAAAGGGCAAAAUGAUUAGAAAUUCGAUUUUUUCGGAACUGUUAAGAAAAAUUGUGGAAAAAUUCAGUACAAAAAUGAAAUUAAUGAAAUUUUUUAAUGGAGUUGAAGCCAAAAGGACUAAAAUGAAUUACAGACGAAUUAAAUUUUAAAAAAUUGAAAAAAAAAAUUCUAGUGAAGGAAAGGGAGAACAAGAUCUUAUAAUCCAGGGGUUUUUUGAAACUUAUUCGAAAGAUCUUAUCAAAAAACCAAUUUUUUCCGUUUUGACGUGAAUAUGAAUAGUUUUUAUCAAUACUUCCUUCAAUCAAUGAUGAUAAUGGCAAAUCGAAAACAAUUUCCAAGAAUUUAUUUUAUUCUUUAACGUUUUCCGCCUACCGUAAUGUCAUCUCUCCAUUCAAAAAUCUAUUUUGAAGGUGAUGGACGGUCUGUUCAACCUGGUCCGGGAGCUGAUCCUGCUGACCGCCUGUUCGGUUCCACUUCUUCUCGGCUGUUUCGGACUGAUGGGCGCCGUUCAGAGCGACGUCAACACGAUCGUCGGACUCGUCGGGGCCUUGUACCCCAUCACAUCCCUCUUUUACAUGUCCGUUUUUUAUUUUGAUUAGGAGCAGGCUUUCUGCAUUUCUUAGGGGGAUCUUUCGGACAUUAAUAUUUUGGGAAGUUGGGCCAUAUUUUCGAUUUGUGAAUCACGACCCCCUAGAUAACUAGGACGUACUGGGAAAAUUUUUAGUGGCCACUAUAGAGGCUCGCCAAAGACUACUUCGAGAGGUCACUAAAGUGGCCACUAUACCCACCACUAUAGUGGCCGCUAUUUUCCGUUUGGUGGCCACUUCAGUAAUUUUUCAUCCAGUAUUCCUUCCAGUAGCUCUGAUAAUUUAAAACAAACAGAUUGGACCAUUUAUCUUGAUCCAUUGACCCCUAAAGUGGCCACUAAAAUUAUUAGCGGUCUAGUAGUAGCACUUAGAGCUCUAUAGUGACCACUAACUUUCAACCUCUUAAGUGACCACUAAUUCAACUACUAUAGUGGCCACUAAAACGUUAAAACCCUACAGUGCCCACUAAAAUUUAUCCCAGGUGUAUAUUUUUUCUUCCAUUUCUACAGUAUAUAAUUCAUUCUCGUUGUUUCUAAUAAGUAUUAUUUUCAUUCAUCUAACUUUUUUCAUCAACAUUAUUUGGACUAUGCGGACUAUAACUCAAUUUCGGGGCGUCAUAGUUAAUUCUGAGUAUCGCGGACUUAGUUUAAACACGGAUUAGAAUGACUUGGCAGAAAAAAAAGUAACGGCGAUAGUUUUUACCCUGAAAUUUUCAGGCUCUCCUUCGCCAACGACGUCGUUCAACCGACCAUGUACUGGACCAAGACUUGGAACAUCGUCUCGGCCAUCAAAUUUUCCGUGGAUUUGAUCUUGGGCGUCGUCGUUUCUUCCUGCUGUUUCCUACACGUUCUUUCGACGAUCGUCAGGUCAAAUAGGUUAGUUUCGGAAAUUUUCAAAUGAGAUCCUUCACUCGGAAAAAAUCAAAAAAGUUUCAUGAAAGUAGGAGAAAGCGCCAUUUUCAGGCCAAAAACAGUUAUUCUUUGUGAAAUUCAAUUUCGCGAGAAUCUUACUUCUAUCAACACGGUCACAGAGUUUAUAAUAUAAAUCAAGGGAUCUUUGGAAAAUUUUUCAAAUUUCACUUUUUCAAAUUGUUCUCACAGCAAGUUUCACACGUUAUCAAACUAUUUUCAUACUGUAAAACAAGACAAUAUUUCAAAAAAAAAAGAAAAUGGAAGAGAGUAAUAAAUGACCCAAUCAUUUGGAUUUCCAGACCACCAAUGAACAAGGACGGAUACCAGCCAGCUGUCCCGAAAAUCCCUCAGCCGGCGAUUCCGGGAAGCGUUCGAUCCAACACCUACGCCUCCACAUUUAGAGCUCCCAAUCUGAUGUAA